AUGACAGCGGAGGUGCAGCAGGUGAUGGCGCAGACGGGCCUGCGCCUCCAAAACGACAGCGGCAGGCUACCAGGGACGCUACAAGAUUACGUGAUUCCCAAGAACCGGUCUCAGUUCGAUCAGGACCCCAACAACUGGUCUCAGCUCUACCCGGACCCUGUCUGCCGGUCUCCGCUCUACCCGGACCCUGACCGACAGUCUCGACUCUACCAGGAUCAGAACCACGACCAGGAUGAGAGCCCGGAUGCCCUGAUCCUGUUCCUGCAGCUUACCAUGAGCGGAGGCGGGGGGAGGCGGGUCUUCCUCAGCGCCCACCGCUGUCCCGAGGUGGACGUUCUGCCUCGGCGGCUCUCGGAGGACAAAGCGCCCCCGUCAUGUUCUCCCCCCCCGGCGGACAGAGGCUCAGGUGAGGCGGGUUACCUGGACGUCUGCUCCACCUGUCGCUCGGACCACGACGAGGACAACGAGGACAACCUGAGCGACUGGUCCGAGGAAGACCUCUCGCUCCACUUCUCGCCGUCCGUCAUCCUCCAGUCAGAGGACGAGGAUUCGGACCCGGAGAGCGGCUUCGAGUGCAUCGACGUUACCAUGGCGACACAGGUGACUGGACCUGAGGGGGCGGUCCCAAAGAUGGUUCCCAAACGGCAGAUUCAGCUGAGGAAGAAGAACGCUGAGCAGGUGAAACGUGAACCUGCUGAAGUGGGCGGAGUUAACGAUGACACUUCAGCUGUCUGUCCUCGCGCUGAUUUGUUGCUACGGCAACACAGCAUGCCCGCCUCUCUGCACCAGACAAGCAACGGUGAUGUCAUCGGCCUAAUGGGCGGGGCCAGCCAAGGGUCUCUGUCUGGAGGACGACGGCUGCAGAAAUCUUUGUCUUUGGACGAAACCAAAGCCAAGCAGGCGUCCAGCCUCAUCAGGAGCGUUCUGUCCAAGAGGAUGCAGGUGGAGAGAACGACCACGGCGCACCUGAAGAACUCACCUGUCCUCCCCCCGUCUGUCCCCCAGAGCGGUCCAGUCCACGUGGUGAGGGACGUGAGGAGUCUUCUGAAAAACACCCCCGGCCUUCCAGUUUCCACAAGCUCACAGGCGAUUGGUCCGAAGGACAGCCCACCCCCCUCCUAUCAGCAGGCGGUCCAGGUCAAAGGUCAUCCAAAGGUCGCUCAACCAAACAGCAAGAAGUCCCACACCACAUCCGGCCGUCCAGUCCUGGAGCGGAGACGGAGCGGCGAGCCAAUCAGACGAGGAAGCAGUGAUGACGUCAACAACGCGGCGUCAGGCUCAACGAGCAGAGACCUGACAGGGCGGGGCCAAUCAAAAUGCAGCGUGGGACCCGGUCCACCGGGGGUGCCCAACCCACCGGGGGCACCCAGCCCACCCGGUCCACCUGGACCGGCGCAGCCUGGGCCUCCUGCCUGUGCCCGGGACCAGAGCUCCCUCCUGGAGGCGUCCUCCCAGCAGACCCUGCAGCCCUGCUUCUACGCCGCCGCUCCACCGCCUCGCCUCGUCCGCGGCCCGCUGAGCUGCGUCGCCACGCAGCUUCCUGCUCCCGUCCGGCUGACAGGAACCGUCCCGGGCCCGCCGGACAGGACCGGGACCGCAGGAGACCAGGGGGGGCACGGACCGGCGGGGACACCUGCAACCCGACACCGGGCACACCAGCACCCGCUUCUGUGCAGCUUUCAGGGUUUCUUACCGGCACCGGUGGGCGGGGACUAUGGCGUCGAUGUCACCGGGUCUGCUGCAACACCUGCAGCAGCUUUUGGCUCCGCCCCUCGCCUGAUGGUCGACCAGAACAGCAGGCAGUGCUUCUACCUGGAAGCGCCGGCCCAGCCCCAGGUGAAGACGCUGCUGGAUCCAGAGACCGGACAGUUCGUCCAGGUGGUCCUACCUGCUGCAGGCUCCGCCUCCAGCGGCACCCUGUACCCUGUGGGCUACGCUCACCCCGCCCCCACCGUGCUAAGCCCCGCCCACACUGUGAUGAACCCCGCCCCCCUCAUGCUGCAGGUGGGAGGUGCUAACCACCCCAUGUUCUCUGUGAUGCACCUCCAUCCACGGGUGGGCGUGUCCUCCCUGUACCCCCUCCAGCCCCUGACCGUGAUGACAUCACGUCCGACGCACAGUGAUGACAUCACGCCUGAUGCACAGUGAUGACAUCAUGCCCAGUGCACUGUGAUGACAGGCUUUGUCCGAAUGUCCACACUGUUUCCUCUAUAGGACACCACAUAGUGAAGACUCCAUUUGUCCAAAUGUCCAGAUAGUAAAAAAUAAGGGCACUAAAAGUUUCCCACAAUGCAUCUCGAAAAGCAGUGAGCAUCAAUGGUCCCUUGACAGCUCUAUACGAGGGGGGACCCCAA